AUGACAGUGUUCCGUUUGGUGGUAACUCAAAGAGUCGAUCGGUCGACCUAUCGGGUUAAGGGCCGUCGAAAACGUGGCAGUCAAAUUAUUUCCUCUCCAAACGACAUAUUCGCAUUCGCUGUGUGCAACCGUGGGGUGAGACACAAAUUGAGGUGUGGUCUUCCCGGGCAUCUGGUUGAGGUGAAUAAAACUCUCGCUCUACCGUCAACCGAAUCUACCGAUGGCCCGAUGGCUGACUUAACACAUGAAUACGCCUUGCGACCACUGGGUGAUCCGAAAUCGGCCUCAGAUGGAACGAAUAUUGGAUCUUAUUUGGGCAUUAUUUCUGUCGCUACUCGACGUGCUCAUCGACUACAGUUCUCAAUCCGUGAGUCUAAACGACAUUGUAGUGAUCAACCGUCUUCUACAUCGGCCACCACUGAAGCCAUCAGUGAAGAUGGCGAUCUGGAGUCCGAACCGGAUCGGCACGUGGAACNACCCAGAAGACGAUGA